AUGGCAGGCCUGGGCUCAGUGGCGCUGGCCUGGGGAAGGCUCACCCAGAUGUUCCCGGCCUCUAUCUGCAGCAGCAGGACUGUGGUGGUCUUACCCACCAAUGGGGCUGAAGCUGUGGACCAAGUCUUUGCACUGGCCGUGAGAGGCCACUGGCCCUACGAUGACCCUCGCUGGAGGGGCUCACUGGGCCGUGGGGGCAUCACUCCUGUGGUGCCUACACAAUAUCCCAAGGACCCCGAGAGGCGAGAGAGCCCUGUGCGAGCCCAGGGCAAGGGCUUCCUCAUCAAGAGGGCCGGGACCCAGGCCUGGGUCCCCGAGGACGCCGACUACGACGUGCAGGAGACCUGGAGCCGGGAGCCCUACUACGCGCGUCCGGAGCCCGAGCCCUUCUCCCCGCCGUCCUCGCGAACCAGGGAGGAGGCUCUGGAGCCGCAGGCGCCCAGGCCGCCCAAGAAGGCGACCAAGCCCAAGAAGGGGCCCAGGAAGGAUAAGCUGGCUCCGGAGACCGCGCCACCGGCAGCUCUCCAGAACUUGAACGUGCCGCUCCGGGCGCCCCCAGCUCCAGCCGAGGUGGCGAUGGAGCGGCGCACUUGGGAACCUGCCCGUCUUCACACGGGCCUUUUCUUAAGAGUGAGGUUCCUAUCUGGCAACGUGAACGGCUGGCCUGGUUGCCCACCUCUUGGACUGGAGACCCUGAAGAUCACUGACUUCCAGCUCCAUGCGUCCACAACCAAGCGCUAUGGCCUGGGAGCUCAUCGGGGGCGACUCAACAUCCAGGCAGGCAUUAAUGAAAAUGACUUUUACGACGGGGCGUGGUGCGCGGGAAGGAACGACCUCCAUCAGUGGAUUGAAGUGGAUGCCAGGCGACUGACCAAAUUCACUGGUGUCAUCACGCAAGGAAGGAACUCGCUCUGGCUGAGUGACUGGGUAACAUCUUAUAAGGUCAUGGUGAGCAAUGACAGCCACACAUGGAUCACUGUUAAGAAUGGAUCAGGAGACAUGUUCAGCAUCAAGUGGCCCACAAUCUGUUGUUGCUUAGAGUCUUUAAUUCAUCUUGUUUUUCAGUUGAUGAAGGUCGUGAAUGAAAUGUGCCCCAACAUCACUAGAAUUUACAACAUUGGCAAAAGCCACCAGGGCCUGAAGCUGUAUGCUGUGGAGAUCUCAGACAACCCGGGGGAGCACGAAGUCGGUGAGCCCGAGUUCCACUACAUCGCUGGGGCUCACGGCAACGAGGUGCUGGGCCGCGAGCUGAUGCUUCUGCUGAUGCAGUUUCUGUGCCAGGAGUACUUGGCCCGGAACGAGCGCAUCGUCCACCUGGUAGAGGAGACCCGCAUUCACAUCCUCCCCUCCCUCAACCCCGACGGCUACGAGAAGGCCUACGAAGGGGGCUCGGAGCUGGGAGGCUGGUCCCUGGGGCGCUGGACCCACGAGGGCAUCGACAUCAACAAUAACUUCCCAGACUUAAACACGUUGCUCUGGGAAUCAGAGGACCGGCAGAAUGUCCCAAGGAGAGUUCCCAAUCACUACAUUGCCAUCCCCGAGUGGUUUCUGUCUGAAAAUGCCACAGUGGCAGUGGAGACCAGGGCGGUCAUUGCGUGGAUGGAAAAGAUCCCCUUCGUGCUGGGUGGAAACCUGCAAGGCGGGGAGCUGGUGGUGGCAUACCCCUACGACAUGGUGCGCUCGCUGUGGAAGACCCAGGAGCACACACCCACGCCCGAUGACCACGUGUUCCGCUGGCUGGCCUACUCCUACGCCUCCACGCACCGCCUCAUGACGGAUGCCCGCAGGAGGGUCUGCCACACGGAAGACUUCCAGAAGGAAGACGGGACGGUCAAUGGGGCUUCUUGGCACACUGUCGCUGGAAGUCUGAACGAUUUCAGCUACCUUCAUACAAACUGCUUUGAGCUGUCCAUCUACGUGGGCUGUGACAAGUACCCGCAUGAGAGCGAGCUGCCGGAAGAGUGGGAGAACAACCGGGAGUCCCUGAUCGUGUUCAUGGAGCAGGUUCAUCGCGGCAUCAAAGGCGUAGUGAGAGAUUCACACGGCAAAGGAAUUCCAAAUGCCAUUAUCUCCGUAGAAGGUAUUAACCACGACAUCCGAACAGCCAGUGAUGGGGAUUACUGGCGCCUCCUGAACCCGGGCGAGUACAUGGUCACUGCGAGGGCAGAAGGCUUCACCACGUCCACCAGGAACUGUAUGGUGGGCUAUGACAUGGGAGCCACUCUCUGCAACUUCACACUCAGCAAAACCAACUUGGCCAGGAUCCGGGAGAUCAUGGAGAAGUUCGGCAAGCAGCCCGUGAGCCUGCCAGCCGGACGGCUGAAGCUGCGGGGGCGCAAGAGGCGACAGCGCGGGUGA